AUGACUUCCGAUAAGGCGCCAACUACUAAAUAUCAGGCUGCCAUCAUGGGAUUGAAUUCUCUUCAAUCAAAUGCCAUGACAAUUCAGAAGAUGAGGGAGAGUCGGGCGAGUCUACAGGAGCAAAAUGUUCCACAAACAAUUAAUUUUCUAGUGAAAUGUGGGAUUUCGAUGAAAAAUAUCGAUAAUCUUCAUGUGAUACACGUCAGUGGCACAAAAGGAAAAGGAUCAACUUGUGCGUUCGUGGAAUCGAUGCUCAGGAGUCUCGGCUUGAAAACAGGUUUAUAUACCUCCCCUCAUCUAAUCCAUGCGCGAGAGCGAAUCCGAAUUAAUUCACAGCCCAUCAGUGAAGAAACAUUUGCCAAGCACUUUUUCGAUGUUUACGAUAAACUAAGUCAGGAUACAGAUGUUCAAAUGCCGGCUUAUUUCAAGUUUCUAACAUUGAUGGCUUUUCAUGUUUUCUUAGAAGAGAAGGUUGAUGUUGCUAUCAUAGAAGUUGGUAUUGGGGGAACCUAUGAUUGUACCAAUGUCAUUCAGAAUCCUGUGGCUUGUGGUAUUACGACUCUUGACAUCGACCAUACAUCAAUCUUAGGUUCCACCUUACCUGAGAUAGCUUGGCAUAAGGCAGGAAUUUGUAAAGCUGAAUCUCCCUGUUUCGUCACUCCACCUUCCCAGGAAGCAAUGGAAGUAAUAGAGAAGCGGGCGAAUGAAUUUGACGCGCCACUGAUCAAAGCUCCUCAAUUUUCUGAUUACCAAUGGCCCGAGAAAGGAAUAUCAGCCGGGAUUGAAGGAGAUCAUCAGAAAGUAAAUGUAGCAUUGGCAUUACAAUUAGUUCGGCAAUGGGUUAAGUCCCAGGGAUUGGAUGAUAAAGUAUUUCCGGAAAAUAAUUCAUGGAAAUUUGGAGAUCCUUUCAUAGUUCCGGAUGUGUUUGUUGAAGCUAUUCAAAAUUGUCGUUGGCCUGGAAGAAGUCAAAUCGUGGAAACAAGUAAGAUCCGGUAUUAUCUAGAUGGAGCUCAUACACCCAAGAGCAUGCAGAUGUGUAGUGAAUGGUUCGGACAAGCGUUGAAAGAUAGAAACCGUCGUCGAAUUUUAGUCUUCCAAUGCACAGCAGACAGAAAUCCUCUAACAUUGCUGUCAUACCUGAAUGAACACUCGUUUGAUUACGCCUUGUUCUCGCCAACAAUCAUCACAGUAUCUCAGGAUAAGUGCUCCGAUAUUUCGAAUUUCAAUCAGUCGACAAGUGAUCAAUUGGCUCGUAGUAACUUGUGCGCCCAAAUAUGGCAUGACCAAGGAAAUAAGGGAAGUGAAGUGUUCGAUUGUGUUUCAUCUCUAGUAGAAUGGCUGAAUGAAAAGUCAAAAGAGGAUGAUCUGGAUGUCCUCGUAACGGGAAGUUUACAUCUCGUUGGCGGAGUUCUAUCUCUCAUAUCCUCUGAAGUCGCGUAA